AUGUGGAACAACAACAACAAUUAUCAAGCGCCUCAGCAAUCGUACGGCGCCCCUCCGCCUCAACAGUACGGUGCUCCCCCUCCGCAGCAGCAGUAUGGAGCUCCUCCUCCUUCACAGGGAUACGGUCAGCCCCCGCAGCAGUCAUACGGCGCACCUCCGCCCCAGCAAUACGGUCAGCCUCCACAACAGUCUUAUGGCGGCGGAGGGGGAUACAAUGCCCCGCCUCCUCAGCAAGGCGGGUAUAAUGCUCCGUAUGGCCAGCAACCCCCCCCACCUCUGGGUCAGGGGUACGGAAACAACCAGUACGCUCCUCCUCCUACGGCACCAUAUGGCGCCCCACCCCAGCAGCAGCAGUACGGCGCUCCUCCCGGCGGUCAGGGGUACGGUGCCCCUCCACCCCCUCAACAGCAGCAGUGGAACGCCCCGCCUCCACCUAUGGGCGGAAUGGGGAUGCAAGGAGGACAGCCCUUCUUCCUCGGCGUGCCGGUCCCGCACGAUCCACCUUCGACGGCGGUGGGGUCGAUGCAGGGAUACAAUGCCAGCUUUGACGCUGAGCGGAUAAGGAAAGCUACUAAGGGAUUCGGGACCGACGAGAGCACUCUGAUCAACACGAUGUCGCCCCUGGAUGCGUUCCAGAUGGACCAGCUGUCGAGAACGUUCGAGCAGCUCGUGGGGAAGACCCUGCAGAGGACGCUCGAGAAGGAGCUGUCAAGCUGGCUUGAAUACACUCUCGUCCUCCUCUCCCUCGGUCCCCUCCAAGGAGAUGUCUACCUCCUGCACCGCGCAUGCAAAGGAGCCGGGACGCACGAAGACCUCCUCAACGAGAUCCUCCUCGGCCGGACCAACCAGGAGAUCAACAUGCUCAAGCAGGCGUAUCAGCGGAAACACAACAAGGAUCUGGCGGCUGUCGUUCGUGGAGAGCUUAGCAUGAAGACUGAGCGGAUGUUCAUCAUGGCUCUUGCUGCUGGACGAGACGAAAGCACGUUCGUCAACCAGCAAGCGGUGGAGAACGACGUGGCGACGAUAUAUCGCGCCGGACCGGGCAAGAUCGGCACGGAUGAGAUCGCGAUUUGCGGUAUCCUCCUGCAGCGGUCCGACCCACACCUCCGCGCCCUCGCCCAGGCUUUCCAGAUGAAACACCGGAUCCAGCUCUCGGCUAUGAUCACCUCGGAGUUCUCGGGACAUAUGCGAGAUGGCCUGUACCACGUCGUACGGAAGUAUGAGAUGGAUGGGGAUGGGGUACAAAGGGAUGCGGAGGGGUUGGAAAGGGCCAUGGCUGGUGCAGGGACCAAAGACGAGCGACUUAUCUACCGCCUGGUUCGGCUGCACUGGAACCGGCCCAGGUUCCAGGCUAUCAAGUCGGCGUUUGAGGCUACGUAUCGUACGACGCUGCGCAGGAGGGUCGAGGGCGAGACUACGGGCAAGUAUGAGAAGGCGCUGGUGGGUAUUAUCGACCAGAACUAG